UACACGUUCAACAGGGGGAAUGUAACAAUUAGAGCGCUAACUUCAUUGAUUUAGUGAUUUUAUCUAAUAUCAGCCCACAACACUCUGUUCAGAAAGUAGUUUGAGUUGCUAUACAAUAUGGCAAGUAAGCAUAGAAUCACCAUACAUGUUUCGGGUUUAACGUUUAAAGUUAGAAGGGAUUUAUUACUCGAGAAACCCAAGACAUACCUAGGAUGUAUAGCUAUGAAGACUAGUUUUAGCGAAGAAGAUUCUGACAUAUGGAUAGAUAGACCUUUAGAUUGUUUCCAGGCCGUUUUGAAUUUCUAUCAAACUGGUGAAUUCCAUAUGCCAUCAACUAUUUGUCCAAAGGCAUUUAAAAGAGAACUUGACUUUUGGCGCAUCUCGUACACUGAUUUAGAGGACUGCUGUCUUUAUAGAUAUCUUCAGUUUAUGGAUGAUAUGGAAAAAAAUCCAAAUUUUUGCAGCAGCAAGCCAAAUUAGAAAUAGGAGACGACAAUGGCAAAAGAAGAGUUCGGUCUAAAAUAUGGAGCAUUAUAGAUAACAGAGAAACAUCAAUAGGAGCGAAGAUAUUUCUGUUCGUUGGAAUUAGUUUUGUUCUAGCAUCUGCAAUAACAAUGUCAAUCAACACAUUGCCACAGCACAGACGGUUCCUGACACCUUGUGAAAUGCAAAAAUUCUACCAAGACGACUAUAACAACUACGUAGAAGAAGAAAUUCAAUUUUUGUCGGUACCAUGUAAUCAUAUAAAAAUUUAUGAUGAUCGUAUUGAAGUAAAAGACGUAGAAGGAAAUUUUACUAAACCUGAUUCCCUGCCAACACUUACAAUUAAAAAUGAGGCAUUUAUGACGGUUGAAUAUAUUACAACUGCUUUUUUCACAGUUGAGCUGUUUUUUCGCUUACUGUGUUGUCCAAGCUUGAAAGUAUAUUUUAUGUCUUGGAUUAAUUUAGCAGACAUUAUAUCCCUUAUUGCUGGUUAUAUGACUAUAGUUGUGUACGCCAUAACCGAGAAUCAUCAACAAAUAGUAAUAAAGGACGUAUUGGAACAUCUGCAAGUCUUACGCUUACUUCGUCUUGUGCGUUAUUGCCAAAAUUUCAGUACAAUCCAAGUCCUGAAAUUUUCAAUGAAACAAAAUUUUCGAGAUCUCUUGGUACUGCUUUUGUACCUAGGAAUAGGUAUUUUAAUCUUCGCAAACAUUAUUUACCUAGUUGAGGAUAAUUCCAAGAUAAAUAACAUUCCCCAGGCAUGGUGGCUCGGGAUAAUAACCAUGACGACGGUAGGAUACGGGGACGUCACACCAGUUACUCCGACAGGAAAAGCUGUUUGUGGAAUAUGUGCAAUAGGUGGGGUUAUUUUGAUAUCGGUUAUCCUACCCAUCUUCGUUGAUUCCUUUCUUUCACUUUAUGGGAUAGCACAACUCAAUUUAACAGCAUAUCGAAAACAAUCAAACGGUGUAAUUGUCAAAACAGGGAAUGCAAAAGUGACGCCACAAAAAAUACCAACUCUUAGCUGGGAGUAAAUCUUUAUAUAUGGGACUAUAAGGUGCUAGGGCUGUCUUAAACUUGCAGUGAGGUGAUAGUUUUUUUUGCUUCAUGUUGAAGACCUCAGUAUGACUUUGAGAUGAAGAACAGCAAUAAAAGCGCUGUUCCUUUGCAUUUUGUGUGUUUUUUGCUGUGCAUGUACUGAUUUUGUGUCAUGGAUAGAUACACCAUAUCCUUUGUUUUCUACUAUGUAUAUUAUUGUUAACUGCUGGUUAAAAGCGGACUUUUUGAAUUAUUAUGUAUAAGCCCAUAUGCGCAAUUAAUUUCAGGUAGGCGAUAACAGUAACAUUUUCUUGUAGUCCAUUGUUCAUGCAGCAAACUUUAAUGACUAUGAUGAGGUUUUUUUCAAGCUCAGACAUUUUCACCAAUGUGGUUUAAUUGGGGUACCGUAUGAGAUUAAAUUUCCAUGAUUUAACAAACAGAUAUGUGAACAAUUACAGGUUAACGUAUGGCCUUCAACAAUGAGCAAAGACCACUAUUAAAGGCCACGGGAGAAAAAAACAUGUUUGUGAGAGCUCAACCCCUCCCUCUCCGACCAAACCAUAUACAGAGACAGUGAUAUAACAACACAACAUAAGAACAAUCUAAAAAAAUAAUGAGUUUGAAAGGGCUUAACUCAUUAGAUAGUUAUCAAGCACACAAGAAAAUAAGACAAAAAGCACUUGCAGUUUACUUCAAGCUACAUGUAGUUCAAAACCAAAUUGAUAGUCUUUCGGAGGACGUGUUUUACAACAAACAAUCGAAGUUCCCAAGGGUUCCAACUGUGCUCCCUUUCUAACCGAUUUGUUCCUUUAUUCAUCUUAGGCAGACUUCAUACAGGAGAUUCGAAGGAAGAAUAAAAAGAAGCCAACAUUAUCCUUUAACUUCACGUUCCGCUAUGUAGACGAUGUCCACUCACUGAAUAAUUCAAAGUUUGGUGACUAUGUUGAACGCAUCCGGCAAUUAUAUCGAACUUGAAAUAAAGGAUACAACAUAUAUAGUUUAGUCUGCGUCAUAACUUGACUUACAUCUAGAAAUUGACAAUGAGGGUCGGUUGGGAACAAAAUUUUGCGACAAAAGAGAUGAUUUCAGCUUCCGAAUUGUGAGCUUUCCAUUUCAAUAUAGCAACAUUCCAGCAGCGACUGCAUACAGAGUAUAUAUCUCCCAGAGCUUGGAUCUCAUAUUAUAAUUUCCUUGAUAGUGGAUUGCUGCUUACAAGGAAGCUAUUUAACCAAGAGUUCUAAGUGGUGAAGUUGAAAUAAUCCCUUCGAAAAUUUUACAGACUCCAUCGCGAGUUGGUUGACCGUUAUGGAAUAUCUGUUUCACAGAUGACGACGGAUGUGUUGCAAUUGUCGUUACCACAAACUCGUCCUCUAUUCUCCGAAUUUGACCUAACAAAGUAGACCUAUAAAAGUUUAUAUUUCAGCAAUGAAUCAGGGAUACCUUUCAACUAUAUUUGUUUUUUAUUCUCCCAGUUAUAUUCUCUUGUCCAGGAUAAAUGAUCAUUAUUAUUGAAGCAACAACAUGGUCGAAAAUAUUCCGGAUUCCAGCUGUUUCAUAUCCUUUCUAUCUACAAUGUAAUGGAGUCGUGUAAAAUUUCCCCAAAUGUUUCUUUCUCAAAUAACUCUCUAGAUAUCUUGUAUAUGAUCGACCCCCAGUCAUAAGAACAUACAACUAUCGAUUCAAACACAUCAUUAUUCGAGGAAUAUCAUUUUUCGUGGAUUUCGUGGAUACAGUUGAUCUAUGAAUUUAAAUGUUCAACGAAUUACAGAUUUUCUAUAGGCUUGCAGACUUUUGGAAAACCACGAAAUCAAAUAUCCAGGAAAAUACCAUUUUUCCUUAACCCACGAAGAUUGUACCAACGAAAGAUAAAUGAAUCCACAGUACUAAAUAAGAAAAGAAUUAAUAAAUUGUGGAAAUGGCAUAUAUACUAGUACUCAAGUUAUUACACGUAGAAAGUUGACAGCCGCAGUACUUCUCUAUUUUUAUAACAAGAUUUUGCCACCUGAUAUAAUUGUUUACUGUAUUGUUAUCACAUACAAAUGAAAUUAAUCUAGGUCAUAUCAUAGACAAAUAAAUAUCAC